AUGCCACCAGCACACGAGAUACGACCUCGUGCUCUGCCUCUGGUCUGGCACCGACCGCCAAUAAAUAUACUUGCGCGCGCUCCUCCGGCGAGCGACCAGCGGAGGGAGAUCAUGGAGGGAGCGGCCCAGACCAUCUUCAGCAAUGUUGGGCAGCUGUUGGCGGAGGAGUACCGGCAGCUCAGCGGCGUCGGCGGCGAGGUCCUUGAGCUGCGGGACGAUUUGGCCACCAUGAACGCCCUCAUCCGCAUGCAGUCCGAGGCCGAGGACGGCGCCGUCGACCACUUCGUCCGGGAGUGGAUGAAGCAGUUGCGGGAGCUCGCCUACGACGCGGAGGACUGCAUCGACCACUACAAGCUCCGCAUCAGGGCCAGGCCGGGCGACGGCGUGCGCGCCAGGCUGGAACGCCUGCUCGGGACGCUCUUGCCGCGCCGUCGCCUCGCCCGUGAAAUCGGCGCCCUCCGCGCCCGCGCCGUCGCCAUCAGCGAGCGCCACGCGCGGUAUGGCGUCAGCCGCGACGCGUUGCGCCGCUCCCCCACCCUGCUACCAGCUGCCCCCGUGGCGGCGCCGGCGUCCGCACCGGCGCCAGCCAACGACGCUGACCGCCACCUGUUCGUCGGCUUCGGCUUCGCGUACCAGGCUGCCACCCUGGCCGCGCGGGUGAUGAAGGCCCGGGCUGGCGAGAAGGGCGACCUCAAAGCCGUGUUCUCCGUCGUGGGGUUUGGGGGUCUCGGCAAGACUACGCUGGCCAUGGAGGUGUGCCGGCAGCUGAAGGCGGAGUUCCAGCGCCAGGCGAUGGUGUCGGUGUCCCAGGCGUUCGAGCCCAUCAGGGACCUCAAGCCGCUGCUCAAGCGCAUACUUCAGCAGGUGGCCAAGACCAGAAAUGACGAUGAGGGGGCCCUUGAUGACAUCGAUCGCCUGGAUGACAAUGAGCUCGCCGCAAAACUCGAGGAGAGUCUCAAGGAAAGCAGGUAUCUCAUCGUCAUCGAUGAUGUAUGGAACGUAAGAGCAUGGUAUGCAAUCGAAUCCAUCCUGCCAGAGAAUAAAUGUGGCAGCAGAGUUAUCGUUACCACUCGGUCUGAGACUAUUGCGAAAGUUUGCAGUGCUGCUAGUGUUGGUGAAGACGACAUCUAUCAUAUGAAACCCCUGAAUUUGGAAGAUUCCGAGAAGCUGUUCCUCAGCAGAGCAUUUGGCUCCAUUGAUGCCACUUGUCCCAAUGAACUGAAAGAAGUAAUGGACAAUAUUCUGAAGAAAUGCGGCGGGCUUCCAUUGGCCAUCAUUAGCAUUGCUAGCGUUCUAGCGCGCUACACCUCGUCGGAGAGCAUAGUGAAGUGGGAAACAAUAUGCAGAUCAAUUGGUUCGCAGAUGGAGAGCAACCCUACCCUUGAGGGGAUGAGGCAGAUUGUCACACUCAGUUACAACAACCUGCCUCAUGAGCUCAAGCUUUGCAUGCUGUACCUUAGCAUCUUCCCAGAGGAUUACGCAAUUGGUAAAGAGCGGCUCCUGCGCAGAUGGAUUGCUGAAGGACUGGUUCAGGAGCAGCGUGGGCUGACUACGCUGGAGGUUGCAGAAUCGUACUUGGAAGAGCUGCUGAGCAGGAACAUGGUUGAAGCAAGCCAUUUCAACUACAACAAGAUGGAGCACUCGUACAAGGUACACGACAUACUUCUGGAGGUUAUGGUAUCCAAGUCACUGGAGUCUAACUUUGUUAGCCUGCUUGGAGGGCAAUAUGAAGAGAUGUCGUACAGCAUAAUUCGUCAUCUCUCAAUUCAUGGCACUGGCCAAGGACGUGACUCGAGGCAUGGCGUCGAGAAGGUGAACCCGCGGCAUGUUCGAUCUCUCACCUUGUUCAAAUGCAAGUUGGAAGGGCGCAUGCUCCUCAACCAUCUGGGCAAGUUCACCCUGCUGAGAGUGCUUGACCUGGAAGAUUGCGAGGGUGUGACAAACAAGCAUGUGCGCUACGCCUGCCAGUUGCGCCUACUCAAGUUCCUAAGCUUAAGGGGUACAAAUGUCAGCAAGGUGCCUCCUCAGAUUGGAAAGCUAGAGCAUCUUCAGACUUUUGAUGCACGUGAGACAUGCCUUGAUGGGCUACCAGAAACUAUCACAUCGCUGAGCAGACUUGAGCGCCUGCAGUUCUCCAACAGGACAAUGUGGAGCGGGAGUAGUGGUAUCAUGUGGAGCCUGCCCAGGGGGCUCAGCAAGAUGAAGGCACUACAGGAGGUGGGUGUAGCACGGCUUGGAAACAACGCCAAAGUUGCCCAAGAGAUGGGUGAACUAGAGCGACUGCAGCUGUUGUCUUUGUACGUCGGCCCUGACUCGGGGGGUCCCGACGGGGAGGUUCUCCAGCAGCUUGCACUGUCACUGAGCAAGAAGAGUUGCUCCCUCCGGUGGCUUAUCAUAGGGGACACAAGUGACGGCAAGGCACUCAACUUUCUGCAUCGCAUCCCAUCACCGCCACGACUACUCGAAUUCCUUAAGAUCGACGGUGCUAUCGAUGGGUUGCCCAGCUGGGUCGGGUCACUUUCAUACCUUAACUGUAUUAACGUGUCUUUUACAGCCCUCGUUGAUGACCAGCUGUUUGGUGUCCUGUGUAACUUGUCCAACCUCAAGAUUAUCUGGGUGGAGCGGAAGAGCUACAAUGGCCAUGCACUGGUUGCACGCACCAGACACAACUUUCCCGCGCUUAGAGACCUAGAAGUGACCGCCGAUGAUGAACUGCCCAAAGUUUUCAGGUUCGAGCAAGGAUCCAUGGUAAAGCUCGAGAAACUAAACGUGAAUUUCGCCGACAAGGAGAAGAGCAUCCAUGGCAUUGAGCACUUGACCAACCUAAAAGUGGUUCAUCUCAUGGGUAAGAAGGACAACCCUGCACUGAAAUGUGCACUGGACCAGCUGAAGGCUGACAGUAAGAGGCGCCCAGAGUCCAAUCAGUUCCAAGUUGUGGCGACGUACUACUAAUAGUUGAUGAUUUGCCGCUUUCUUCUGGACAUCAGAUCUUUCCAUGCUUUCUUCUGGUGGAGCUGCUCCUGCAGCUGAGGCGAAGAAGGAAGAAACCGAUGAUGACAUGGGCUUCAGACUCUUCGCUAGGCUUGUGCAGUCAUCAGAGUUGUGUCUUUUGGGCAGGAAAACCAAGAGUCAUGAUGUUUGGAUUUCAACCUUGUUUUAUUUUGCAAAUCACCGGUGACCGACCUGGCAUGGCAACCCAUCAAUCUUCCACCAGUCUUUUUUGACUGCCCUGGCCGUCACUCUCCUGCUCUCCCUUGUUGCUUAUUGUAGGUGACAGUGUUAGUUGUCCACUCCAGUCGACGCACGCAGCUGGCUGACUUUUUGGUGACACGAGUCGAUUGGUGGUGACCGUGCUGAUGAUUCGUGGAGCGUCAGGACAGCUUAGCCAGCUAACCCUUCACUUCCGUCGUCUGCGCCGGCUGCUGCUGCUCCGCUUCCCGGACGAGGAAAUAGGCCGGCCGUGAACAUGCCGGUGAAGAACACCAUGAGCUGCAGACACGCCCCGGACCAUCAGCUUGUACGCGACCCGCACAGUUUCAGGCAUUCAGACUAAAGUUCCAUGAUGUGGAGCCCCAUAGAAUGAUCACUUGACUUGCAAACA